UCUGUCGCCGCCGCCUCGUGGCUUUCGGUUUCACCGCCCUGGCUGACCCGGGGCCGUCUCCGGUGAGGCGUUGAGAACCCGGUCCCCGUGGCCCCGUGGCCCCGAGGCCCCUUGCAGCUUGAGUUGUCGAGCACCGUGGUGGGUGAAGUUGGUGUGUUGGGGGAGCACUGAUCCGGCAGAGAAUCCCCGGAGGGCACGAAUUCACUCCCACGCUUGCACACAGUGCGUUGAUAUGUUACGUUUUAGUUGGUGCACGAAAUCGUCAGUGUCCCGGAGCCAUAGUCAGGGACCCAGUGGCGGCCAACAGCUGUCCCUCGAGCGCCCCCCCACCCCCAGCAGGAGUUGGUCCUUUGCCCUGUACACCCCCUUUCCGAGGACUGCCAGCUGCCUCCUGUCCUGUGUGAGCGGCCCAUCGGCCCACUGGGUGCUUGCUUGCCUUGCAUGCUGCAUUGGUCUGUGUGGAUCUAGGACCUAAGAUGUGUGCUAAUCAUUCUUGUGUCCCCACAGUCAUUAUUAGUGGAUGAGAGACAGAACGGGGGUGGGGUGGUAAGUGCUUUUGAUCCCCAUUUGUGAGUUGAGGCAGUUUUCCAACUUACCGGGGAGGAAGGAGUAAGAGUCAUCAAUUUCGUGCCCCUGUGGUUUGGCACUGGGCAGCUGCUCUCUUGACCUCCUUUCCAACCCAGUUUUAUAUUUUAUGCUGCUGAAGGGUACCAAUUCUUGUAGAAGUCUUUUUAGACCCUUGCUACUUUAGAAUUUUAUUGUUCAAUAAAUGUAUGCCCCGAGAUUGUGGACUGCUAACUGAUCCAACACGACUUCCGGCUAGAGCUUUCCUCACUUCUUUGGUAUCUCAGCGAGACCCUUUGCAAACCUCGUCGGCUGAAGCUGUGUUAGUCCUUAUAGCUGAGUGACUUCAGCGGAAACUUCUUGGAACUGGCGCUGUCAGAAGCAGCCUGAUGAAUAGCCCUGGGAGCUGAGAGUCUUCAGCCACGUUAAAUUUGGCUAGACACCAGUACUUAGCAGGAGCUGUGUAACUUACCAGACAGCCCCUCCAGGGAGUUUAUUCGACGGAAAUAAUUCAAAAGAACAAAGCUGUAUGUGCAAAGACCUUCUUAACAGCAUUACUCUCAGGAUGGGAAACUGGCCUCAACCCAAACAGUUAAGGACUACUUAAGUAAAGCAUGGAGGUCCAGGUCAACAAACUGCAUCCAUUAAGAAUGAGAAGCAUGGUUCUGUGGUUACAGCCUCGGUUGUUCCAGCCUCAGCUCUCUGCUCCUUCCUGACUUUGAUGUGUGAGUGGGGUCAUCCAUGACAAAUACUAAGUAGGGGGCAUAAGCAACAUGUAUUCCUUACAGUUUGGGAGGCUGAGAGGUCGAAGGUCAAGGAGACAGAUUUGGUUGCCAGUGGGGACCCACUGUCUGACUUGGAGAUGUCCCUCUAUCCUGUGUGUGUUCAUCUAGGCUUACUGCGGAGCCAGUGGAGACAGAAACUCACAGGGCUGAAGCCCCUUUCCUUUGCUUCCCUUUUGUCCCCGCCCCCCAUACCUCUUCCAGCAUUGGAGAUGAAGAUAUGAUGAUCUUUAAUGUGUAUGAACUUCCCAACAGAGCGUCAAACUGUCGUGAGAACGGGUGCAAGGAGAACGAAAAAGGACCCACCAUCAUGGCUGGAGUGCACAUUUCCAGGCGGUGGCUAUAAAUGGAGGGGCACAGCAGGCCUACCUAUGGUGGAGGGGAAUCAAAGUUUGGGAGUCUGCAUCCCGGGCUGGGAUUUGGAGAUGUUGAGGGCAAUAUGGAGGCAGAAGGAAGCCUAGGGCAGGACCCCUCCUCCCCUCAGGCGGGUUUAGUAGUCAUUUGAGUCUGUCUUUUCUUAUUUGUAAGUUAAAGUGCUGAACGGUGAUAAACUCCUUCCAAUGUGGAACAAUGGAAACAUUUAUUAUCAGAAUUAGGCUUUUGGUCUGGAUUGGGUUUUGUUUGUUUAGUUGUUGUUAUCCCUGUUAACCUGACCCAAGCUAGAAUUAUUUGAGAAGAGGACCUUCAGUUGAAAAAAAUGCCAUGAGAGACCACCUGUGGGCAAAUCUGUAAGGGCAUUGUCUUGGUUGAUGAUUGCUGUAGAAGGGCCCAGUCCUCUGUGGGUGUCUGGGGGCAGGUGGUUCUGGGGUGGAUAAGAAAGCAAGCUGAGUGCGUUUGGAAGAGCAAGUUAGUAAGAGGCGCUCCUCAGUCAUCUCUGCUCCAGUCUUCCUAACUUCCUGACUUCCCUCAAUGAUGGAGGGGGACCUGAGUUGUGAGAUAAAAUAAGCCCUUCACUCCCAGCUUGCUUUUGGUCAUGGUGUUUUAUCACCCAAUAGAAACUCUAAGACAGCUUUAUACCCACCUUAACUAAAUAUAGUUUUGUCCUAGAUGCUUUGUGUACAUGUGUCCAUAUAAAUAUAACAGGACAGAAGUAAUAAAGAACAGGAGAAGGAGGAACAAAGGAUGGACAGAAAUCAUGAAGCACAGUGACAGAUUGAGGUUGAGCAGAAGUAUCUGGAGGUCAAGGCCAGUCUAGACUACACAGUGGGUGUGGCAGACCUUAUCUUAAAACAGAUGUAAGCAAACAGAUAAUAGACAGAUUCACAAUAGGGAGCUCUAUGCAAGAGAAUUUUUAAAAUACAGACCCCUCUGGCAGACAAAAUUAGUGAUACCUUUACAAGUAGCUAUUGAAGGAGUUUAAUAACUCCUCCCUCAAAGAUCAUCUCUAUCCAUUCCCUCACUGCUCCCAGCUGGGUCCUGAUGGAAACCACUUUUCAGAACUAGCUAGCAUGUGGCCCAUCUGCACCACCCCUGGGCACAUAGCUAAAGGAUUCGAAGUCCUACCUCAGGGCUAUUUGCAUAUCCAUGUCUGCUGCUUCGCUAUUCCCAAUAGCUAAGAAAUGGAAUAGCCUAGAUGUCCAGCUGUUGAAUAGAUAAGGAAAAUAUGGUAUUGUUGUGGAGUUCAAAACCACCUGGAAAAGACCACCAGACUCAAUUCAGAUGGAAAAGACCACCAGACUCAAUUCAAAUAAUAAUUAGCCAAAUUGAUUAAAACUGGUAGCAGGGCCACUGUCUCUAAGUGCCAUCUAGAGGUAAGUGAAGGAAACCUUUGGCUUUUAAAGAUAGGUCCUCGAAUAUCUACAAAAGCAAGUUAGGGAGGCCAAUGAGCUGUACUACUCUGCCAAGAGUCCUUGAAUAUCUGCAUAAGCAAGUUACAAAAGCCAGAAUCAGGAGUUACUCAUAUCAUUGCAAGCAGAUGGUCACUGCUGCACCGUUUUGAGGGGUGGGCAAGAAAUCCAGAGCUUGGAGGAACCUGAGUCAGAGACACACAGCUAUUAGAUACCAAGGUGGAAGCCUAUCAUAAAAUGGAGUUUCAUUAGCCAUCACAGUAUACACUCUCACACACACACACACACUGGAACUUUAUUCAACUCUAAAGAAAAUGAAAUCAUGGUAUUUGCCAGAAAAUCAAUGGAACUUGAAAUCAUUAUGUUAAGCAGAGCAUCCCAGACCAGGAAAGAGACCUGCCUCACACUUCCUUUCAUAUGUAGAUCCUCUAUUUUAAUUACACAUUUUAAUAUAUUUGUGUGUGGGGGGGUCAAGGUACAAGUCAUAAAAGUAGACAGAAGAUGUGGAGUUGAGGAGAGGUCUUAGAAGGUUGUGGGGGGGGUAGCAGAAUGUGUACAAGCAGAAGGAAGGUAGGGGACAGAGAUGGGGAGGAGAAUCCGAGGGGCAGUAACAAAGACAGCAUAUGUAUGGGAAUGCCUUAAGGAAAUCCAUGACUCUGCGUGAUAAUUUCUGGUCGCUCACGAAGUCCAAGCUCUCGCUCAGCAAGACUGACUGGCAGAGGAAACUGACCCCCGAGCAGUUCUAUGUCACCAGAGAGAAGGGAACUGAAGCGCCUUUCAGUGGGAUGUACUUGAACAACAAGGAGACAGGGAUGUACCAUUGUGUGUGCUGUGAUAGCCCACUCUUCAGUUCUGAGAAGAAGUACUGCUCUGGCACUGGCUGGCCUUCGUUUUCUGAGGCUCACGGCACAACAGGCUCAGAUGAAAGUCAUUCAGGGAUCCUGAGACGCCUGGACAGUUCCUUAGGAUGUGCUCGCGUGGAGGUAGUCUGCAAGCAGUGUGACGCUCACCUCGGCCAUGUGUUUCCUGAUGGACCGGAGCCCACUGGCCAAAGGUUUUGCAUCAACAGUGUGGCCCUGAAGUUCAAACCAAGCAAGCACUGACCAUCUCCAGGAGGCCCAUGCUUUGCCCUCCAUCUUGUAAAUUCGGACGGACACCGUGUUUCAUUCAUGAUACAUUUAAGCUAAGGUUGUUACUGGCUGCAUGGGCGCCACAGCUUCUUAGUCACCUGAAAUCAACUCAACCCCAGCUUCCUCUUGAGCUGUGGAAUUUCACAACAACAAAAGUCAGCCCAUUCUUCAACUGGCUUCCAAGGCUGCGGGUAGGACCUUGGCAGGAUUUGAACUGGUUCGUGGGCUGACAAGGGUCCCCUAGCACCUGAAGUGACCUGAAGUGGUCGUUGAAGUUAAUUCCUUCAUGGACAUCCACAGGUGAGGGUUCACGGGGGAGAAAAAGGAAAGGUUGGCAUGGAUGAGAUCCCAGUACUGAGAAGGAGGACGGGAGUGGCCGAGUGUGGGAAACAGGUGCAGUGAUGGGUGAGAUUUGUGGUUUCCUGUCAAGAAUCUCACUGGCUGAGACAUGCGACUUCCAACCUCACAACCCACAAGUGGGAUCCGUGUGAGUGGAGUCAACUUCAAGGGACAAUGCUCUCCUUCAACUCUGUACUGCAACACUAACCUUCAAAAUACUCAAAUAAAACAAUGAGAUUGAUGUUUAC